GCGUAGAAGUUAUUAUUCGCAGUCCUACGUGCUUAACUAAGGUUAGCUAGGUGACGUUAGCUAAAGUUUGCUUGGUUGUUCAUCUUUACGUAAAUGACUGCAAAAAUGCCAACGUUCGCUAGUUAUUGCUUAGGUUGACAAGUUGUGCUGAAACGUUAAACAGUGUUAGCUCGGUUGUAUCAUCAUUUAAUAACAUGGUGAAUCGUGGACAGGGCUGAGUCGUGUAAUUGCAGCCUUUGCUGUCAUUACAGUCAAAAAGAAGGUCAUGAUAAUAAACCUUUGUGAUGCCAAGUCUAACACUUGCUAUCCUGCACGUUGUUCACGUGCACAGGAGGACACAAAGCAUGCACUCUGGAGGGUCCAUUUGUUGUCCUACAGCUAAGUGCACUGUACAUGACUCUGAUUUGAAGGCAGGCGAGGAUUGAGUGAAAUUGUGUCAUCAAUCCCACAAUCCAUCCACCCAUGUGUAUCAUUUUCUUCAAGUUUGACCCCCGGCCUGCAUCCAAAAGUGCCUACAGGCUAAUUUUGGCUGCAAACCGAGAUGAGUUCUACAGCCGGCCGUCCAAAGCUGCAGACUUCUGGGGGAGCAACACUGAGAUCCUCAGCGGCCUGGACCUUGAAUGUGGGAAGGAAGGCGGGUCAUGGCUGGGGAUCAGCAAGAGGGGCAAGCUGGCCGUAAUCACCAACUACAUGGAAGGGCGUCCCAAUCCCGAUGCACAAGGAAGAGGAUUUCUUGUGUGUAACUACCUGACGGACAAAGAUGUGGACAGCUACUCUUACCUGAAGAAGGUGUCGGCGGAAAGCCACUUGUACAAUGGCUUCAACCUCCUCACAGCGGAGUUCAAAGCCAAACAAGACAGUAUGUGUUACUAUGGAAACAGAGGCAGCCCUGAACCCAUCCAUCUAAAACCAGGAAUCUAUGGCUUGAGUAACUCGCUGCUGGACGCUCCGUGGAGGAAACUGCUGCGAGGCAAAAGCCACUUCACCAGCGUCGUCAGCGACCAGUCCCUGUCCUGCGAUGGACUGGUGCAAGAGCUGCUCAACGUCCUCAAUAAUGAGGAACUGAACACACCUGAUCCACUUCACGAGAGCCACGGUGAAGGUUACAGCAAGCCCGAGAUCGAGGCUCACUCCGCGGUGUUUGUUCGCAGCCGUCAUUAUGGCACAAGGACCAAUACAAUUAUCCUGAUAGACGCAGAAGGUAAUGUGAGCUUCACAGAGCGCACCAUGCUCGACUGUGACCAGAGCAAAUGGAGCACCAGUUCUUUCCAGUUCAAACUGCAGGUGUGAAGAAAUGAUGGAGGAAACCCACUCUGUGCCUUUCUCCGUCACCUUUCCUUCCGUCACCUCCCACCUUCUUCCUCCUUCCUCAAGCUGCACCAGAGCAGCCAUGUGAAAAUGAAGCUUUGUCUGCACUUUUUAGUUGAUACUAGCUGCCUCAUUAACAUCAGUGAAAUGCAUCUUUUGAAAAUGUGUGCUAAUUUAAGAUUGCCAAAGAACGGAUAACAUUUUGUAAAGGAAAAUAUUUUACCUCCACACAAAGCAGCCGGGUUGGUUUGCUUCAAAAUGUCUAAUGCAUAACGGAUUACUGGUAACCUGCUUUGAAAUGCAAUCAAUACCAUAUAAAAGAUUAUUUAUUAUUAAAUAUACACUUGACGCACAAUUUCUGGACUAGAAUUUGAAGUUAUUUUCUGUUUUACGCUAUAUAAAAUCAUUGGGUCAUCAGUAUAUUUCUAGAGAAUGUAUAAUCUGAUUUAAAUUUGCAGUAAUUUUAAUAGUUCAGAGUUGUCAUUACUUUUUAAAUGUUGGAUUACUGUAACCCUGUUGCAGGUAAUUAGUUCUGCCCUAACACUGCACAAGAGUAGCCUCAGUGUUGGUUACAAGACAUGUUUAAUGCAAACUGUUUCAGGCAAGGGAUCUCUGACCACUUCCAUGGUUAAAAAAAAAAGAACAAAAAGAAUAAUGCAUUUUACAGCUGUUUGAUUAAAAAAAAAAAAAAAGUAUCAAAACACUCACACUUGUCUUUCCAUUCAUUAAUUGUUCAUUGACAACUGGUUCUUCCUCUUACUGUUUGUAUAUUAUUUCUACUUCCUGUGUUUCUGCCAUGUAUCCACAUGUUACUCAUACAGGUGUUGGGAUGCUAUUUCAAAGGGGAAAUAAGUCUCACUUACUAACCUGCAGAAAGUUGUUAAGUGGUUUAGGAACUAAAACUGGGCUACUACACAUUGUUACUGAUCUACUACUGUUGGUAAACAGUGACCCCAACUGGCAAAUUGAGAUAUUGCAAUGCACAUAAUCCUUAUGUAGUCUGCCCCUCAACACUUUUAGGAUAUGACAUACUAUAAAGUACAAAAACAUCUAUAACUAGUAGCUAGUAAAUGCUGUUUGGUUGAAUUCUUGGAAGGCUCUGGUUGAAUCCUGAACUGUUUAA